GAGCGCGGAGCGACCCUGCGCGGGGGCGGCGGCGGAGGACGUGCCGCCAUGCGCCGUGCUGCGGGCCGGGCUCGCCAUCCUGCUGCGUAGCGGCGGGACGCGGCUCGGCUUUCCGCCCGUGAUGUCCCCAGGGCAGCGGGGGAAGGCAACUCACUCGAGGGCUGCGGCAGAGGCCUAGUACGGCCAGCGCCGUUCCGCGUCCCCGCCGCCGCGCCCCCAUGGCCGAGGAGCAGCAGCCGGAGGGGCAGCCGCCGCGGCGGCUCACCGGAACCCCCGCGCCCGGCGGGGCCCUGCCGGCCCUGGUGCCAGGGCUGCAGGGCGGCGAGGCCAGCGCGCUGCAGCACAAGAUCCGCAGCUCCAUCUGCAAAACUGUACAAUCUAAAGUGGACUGCAUUUUGCAAGAAGUUGAGAAGUUUACAGACCUAGAGAAACUCUACCUCUACCUUCAGCUGCCUUCGGGUCCCAACAAUGGAGACAAAAGCGAUCAGAUCUCCAUGUCAUCCAGCCGUGCCCAGCAGAUGCACGCCUUCUCGUGGAUACGGAACACCUUGGAAGAGCAUCCUGAGACAUCCCUUCCCAAGCAGGAAGUUUAUGAUGAAUACAAGAGCUAUUGUGACAAUCUCGGCUACCACCCAUUAAGUGCUGCUGACUUCGGAAAGAUCAUGAAAAAUGUCUUUCCAAAUAUGAAGGCCCGGCGUCUAGGCACAAGAGGCAAAUCAAAAUAUUGCUACAGUGGACUGAGGAAGAAGGCUUUUGUGCAUAUGCCAACACUGCCCAACCUUGACUUUCAUAAAACUGGAGAUGGGUUGGAUGGGGCAGAGCCAUCUGGGCAGCUGCAAAGUGCUGAUGAGGAAGUCGUCUCUGCGGCCUGCCGGCUUGUUUGUGAAUGGGCCCAGAAAGUGCUGAGCCAGCCUUUUGACACAGUCUUGGAGCUGGCUCGUUUCCUUGUCAAAAGUCACUAUAUCGGUACCAAGUCAAUGGCAGCUUUAACAGUAAUGGCGGGGGCACCAGCAGGAAUAAAAGGGAUCUCCCAGCCCUCGGCUUUCAUACCUACUGCUGAAAGUAAUUCCUUUCAACCACAAGUGAAAACUCUGCCAUCUCCUGUUGAUGCCAAGCAGCAGCUGCAGCGCAAGAUCCAGAAGAAGCAGCAAGAACAGAAGUUGCAGUCUCCUUUGCCAGGAGAGUCCCCAGCAAAGAAAACAGAAGGCACCGCAACCAACGGUGUGAGCAGUAUAUCUAACGGAAGUCCUGCGAUCCUAUCUCCUCCGCCUAUUGGCAUUGUUGUGGCAGCUGUUCCCAGCCCAAUACCGGUGCCAAGGACCAGACAGUUGAUGACAUCCCCAAGUCCUGUGGGAUCAUCUGAUAACAAGGUCCUGCCACUCAAUGUUCAGGUGGUCACUCAGCACAUGCAAUCAGUCAAGCAGUCACCAAAGACUCCCCAGAACGUUCCUGCGAGCCCUGUUGGUGACCGCUCUGCUCGGCAUCGCUACCCACAGAUCUUACCCAAGCCAGCAAAUACCAGUGCUCUCACCAUCCGCUCUCCCACAACGGUGCUCUUUACUAGCAGCCCAAUCAAGACUGUUGUGCCAGCUCCACAUGUGAAUUCCCUAAAUGUGGUAAAAAUGACAGCAAUAUCUCUUGCCCCAAGCAGUGGCAGUGUGCCUGUCAAACAGACACCUUCAGUUAGCAGUAGUGCAGUAGCAGUGGAAGAAGGAAGGACUGGUCCACAGAUCAAAAAUGGAUCUGUUGUUUCACUUCAGUCUCCAGGAUCCAAACCUAGCACUGUUGGAGCUGCACCUGCAGUCAAGAUCAAAAUGGAACCAGAAGUGCUGCUGGAUGAGAACCCAGUACAGGGCCAAGAGAGCUCUGAUGUAUCUAAAUCCAUAAAGGCAACCCCUGAUGUGCCUCCUCUCCAAUUAAUUAAUUUUGAAGUUGCAACCUUGAAACUUUCAGCUGAUGAUGUUGUGGAGGCAAAACCAGUUAAGGGCUGUGAUCAGGGAGCUGAAGAAGCAGGGACCACAUAUAAAACGCAGUCUAAUGAGAUCACACCAGUUUCUUCAGCAGACAAUAACCAAAAUACUCUAAAGCUCUCACUUGCCAGUCAAGACUUGUCCAGCACCAGCAUCAGUUCACCUCCUACUGCUGAGUCUACAGUUAAAGACAAAGCAUGCACUAAAAGUCCGAGAAAGCGACAACCUUCUGCACUUCAGGAAUCCCAGGUACCGCCUGUAAAGAAACCACUGGUGGAGCAGCUUUCCGCUGGUAAUGCUGUGGAGGGUCAAAAGGCAAACAGUGUUAAGAAGUCUCCAAAGGUUGGAUUGUUAGCUAAUAGUGACAACACGGCCACACUUGCUCAAGUUCCCAGCAAGGUACCUGUGAAUGUACCUGUACCUGCUGCAGGUGCAGUAAACUUAGCAACAGACCUUUCUUUGAGCACCGAUUUAAAUACCAGUGAUUCUACCUUAGCACAGCAGCUUGUGUCAGCAUCAUCUCCAGAUAUAAAAGUAAAAUUGGAAGGAAACAUGUUUAUCAUAGAAAAUGAUUCAAAAUCUGAUGGCAGCUUUAACCCAAAUACAUGGCACCAUAUCACCAAAGCCUCUGACUUUGCAUCUGUGAAUUGCGAGCAGCAGCAAGAUAUCAGUGUUAUGGCUCUUGCAGGGCACUCUGGCUCCAGUGACUUGCAGGAAUCAGCGUGGGAGACAGUGCACUGUGAGGGUAUGCAGCAGGAUGCCUACAGCCAACAGCUACAAGGCCAGAUACAGGACUCCUCCCUAGGUCAGAUACAAGCACAGUCUUCAAAUCAGUUACCUCUGCAGUCAGAGCUGAAAGAGUUUGAACAUACAGUCCCUCAGUCAAAUGAAAACUUCUUUUCAUUUGAUGACGACCUUACCCAGGAUAGCAUUGUGGAAGAGCUGGUGCUCAUGGAAGAGCAAAUGUCCAUGAAUAAUUCUCAUCCUUAUGGUAGUUGCCUAGGAAUGGCACUUCAGAGUCAGACAACAGCUCAAGGAGCUCCUGCGUCAUCUCAUCCAAGCAGCACACAUUUUUACCAUUCAAUCCAUAACAACAGCACUCCGAUUCACACUCCCACCCCAACCCCAACUCCGACCCCCACCCCAACUCCCACCCCAACCCCCACCUCUGAAAUGAUUGCUGGAUCUCAGAACAUGUCCCGAGAGAGCCCUUGUUCAAGGCUGGCUCAGACAACUCCCGUGGAUAGUGCUCUAGGGAGCAGCCGGCACACACCCAUUGGCACACCGCAUUCAAACUGCAGCAGCAGUGUUCCUCCUAGUCCUGUAGAAUGUCGAAAUCCAUUUGCAUUUACUCCCAUCAGCUCCAGUAUGGCUUACCACGAUGCCAGCAUUAUAUCAAGUAGCCCUGUGAAGCCGAUGCAGCGGCCUAUGGCUACCCAUCCUGACAAAACCAAGCUCGAGUGGAUGAAUAACGGCUACAGCGGUGUCAGUAAUUCAUCGGUUGCAAACCAUGGCAUCCUUACGAGCUAUCAAGAGCUGGUGGAGGACCGCUUCAGGAAACCUCAUGCUUUUGCUGUUCCUGGCCAGUCAUAUCAGUCUCAACCACGCCACCAUGAUACUCACUUUGGUCGUGUGACUCCUGUUUCACCUGUGCAGCACCAGGCAGCCCCUGUCAGCAGUACGACCAAGCAAGAGGGCUUUGCUGUUCCUGCACCUUUGGACAACAAAGGAACUAGUUCCUCUCUCAACAGCAGUCUGAGGUGCCGGAGCGUGAGCCCUGCUGUCCAUCGCCAACGUAAUCUCAGUGGAAGCACUGUUUACCCGAUUUCAAAUAUACCACGCUCUAACCUGACACCUUUUGGAAGUCCAGUGACUCCUGAAGUUCACAAUGUAUUCGCUAACAUCCAUGCAGACACCGGUGCCAAUAACAUAGCGCAAAGAAGCCAGUCAGUCCCAUUGACUGUGAUGAUGCAGACAGCCUUCCCAUCUCUUCAGAAACAAACAAACACUAAAAAAAUAACCAAUGUCUUGUUAAACAAACUUGAUUCUGAUAGCGAUGAUGCGGUGAGAGGUUUGGGAAUGAACAACAUGCCCUCAAACUACACAGCCAGGAUGAAUCUCACUCAGAUUUUAGAGACGUCAUCUGCUUUUCCUAGUGCCAACCCACAAAAUAUGAUCAAUUCCAGCACUUCAGUUUAUGAAUUCCAAACACCAAAUUACCUCACAAAAAACAGCAGCACCGAUCAGAUCAGUUUUUCAUCUGGAGAUAACCAAGCACAAUCAGACAUUGGAGAGCAGCAGCUAGAUUUUAGCAGCACUGUAAAAGACCUUUUAGGGGAGGACAGUCUGCCAACAAACCAGCAGCUGGUGAAUCAGGUGGCAGAUCUCAAUAACGUUGCAUCUGUCUUUUCCAGCGACAUCAGGUUGUCUUCCGAGCUCUCAGGCAGCAUUAACGAUCUGAACGCUUUAGACACAAAUCUACUGUUUGAUCCAGGUCGUCAGCAGGGACAAGAUGAUGAUGCUACACUGGAGGAAUUGAAAAAUGACCCCUUGUUUCAACAGAUCUGCAAUGAAUCCAUAAACUCAAUGACUGCAUCAGGUUUUGAGUGGAUAGAGAGUAAGGAUCAUCCUGCUGUUGAAAUGUUGGGUUAAUCUUGUUUUGUAGUCUGUAUGUAGCACACUGUAUCGAAAGACAGACGUAUUGUAUUUGUCUUAAUGGAAGUGCCUCCCGCAGCAGAAACACUUGCUACGUAUUGUGGCAUUUUAAAAAAAGAGUUUGCUGUACCUGUUGCUCAUUGUUCAGCAGGGAAAAUGCAGUCUUAGCAAUUCUAAACAAACCUCUGAAGGUGGUGGGCUAUCAAAGAGCCAGUAUUAAAAUUUCAAUUUUUGUAGUGUUUCCCAUUGAACAUUUCUUAUUGAGGCAAAUAAAGAAGUGGUUAAUAGCCAGCCAGCAGCGACAGCUAUAGUUGAAGCUUUGGGAGGGUUUUAAGUCAAGCUCGUUAGUAGACUUUCCAUACUUCAUAUUGCUCAUUACUUCUUAUCAGAGGAUCCUUUCUGACCUUUGUCAUUCAGGUCUGAAAGGCAGGGUGCCUGCAGAUAGGUGGUGGGGACUGAGUGCAAGUGAGCACCCAAUCGUUGCACAGUUGCCUUGAGCACUGCUCAGGGGUGACCUGUGUGGAAAGUCUCUGUAGCAGUGAUGCCAUUGGCAUCUCUAGUAAAAUGCAGAGUUAGGAAAAAAAAACCAGAAGUGAUCAAAGAAAAAGAAAGAUGCACUAUUUUUUUCUGUUUAAGAGAAGUAAUCUAUGUGGUUAUUAUAUCCAUUAAUAUUCAUUGCAUACUUGAUAUUUUAGUUCUCACUUAAGUGUUUUUUUUAUAUUGGAUAAGACUCGUGAAAGGAUUUUGAGCACUGAACAUCCUGUUUUAAACUGAUAAGUACUGUUUCAUUAUUUAUCAAGGCUAGAGAAGGAAGGUGAUAUUUUCCAUCUUACUUUUUUAAACAAAAGAGCUGUUGGAGCUCAUGAAAAUAUGAUUUUAAAGAUUCUUUUUGUUUGUUUGUUUGCUCUUUCCUAACCUGGUGGAGGGUGUAGGAAGGUCUUCUUUUCUCUCUAUUUCGCUGGGUUGAGUCUUUCUGUCUUUCUUGCUCACUCUUUCUCUCCAACAAAAGGCAAUUAAAGUGUAAGAAAUACUUGUUGAUUUAAAAAUAUUUCAGAUGAGCCAUAAUACUGCCAGGCACUUUACAGAUACACAGUAAGACAUCUGAUCUUUCUUUUGGUUAAACUUCUUUUAAAAGAAGUGCUUACUGUUUUGGAAGCCUGAAUCCCAUUUUCUUAAGUGAUUUGACAGGACUGGUACAUUUAAAAAUUUUUUUUAAGUCCUUAACUGCCCCUCUGGAAAAUUAUAUUUAAGACAUCUGCCUCACUAGUUCAUUUGAACAAAAAAAAAAGACCUUUUCUUUUAUCAGCAUGGUCAAAAGAGAGAAGUAUUCAACCAACCAUGGCCCUGAUGCUAGAAAGAGUGCUUGUGGAGGCAUGCAGUGGUUCACUGAGUAGUGUAAAUUCACUACUUGUUCUGUGAACUGGCAGUUGUAACAGAAAACAGAGCAGAAAAUAGUUUCCUCUCUUACUGUACUUCUUUGAAUGGGCAGUCAUAAUUUGUGAAGAGGAAAACCCAGUAACCCUCCUAGAUUUACUGAAGGGGAAGCUGCUCAGAUAUUUUGGGUGAUAAGUGUUAUUUUUUUUUGCCUAAGCAUCUUGAUUGCCUUCUGUUUUUUCAGUUUUUGCUAAUGACUUGAGAUCCCAGUACUGGUCAGGUUUUUUGGUGGUGCCGAUUAAACUUGUGGUGAUGCAUUGGCACUUGAGGUGCUGAUGUACCGGGGCUUCUCUUGCUCUCACCCUAAUUCAUCGCCAGAUCUAUGGCCUUUUCUGUGGGGAAGAAAAGCUGUGCCAAGCAGUAGCACCUUAUGGGAGCCUGAUUUCACUGUGCAUGCGCCACGAGUUUUGCCAUGUCAUCAGAAACAGACUGGGAGAGUUUACAUUCCUCCUUGAAGCACGUGGAUGUGCAACAGUGUGGUUUGCUUUAUGUUUUGUUAAGGAAAUGAGUAGGAGGCUAAGAAUUGCAGGGUAGCUUUCUGCCUGUUACCUUGCCAGGUGUCUGUCAGUGUAAGGCUUGAACAAUUUUUCUUGUAGGCUAAAGUUGCUGAAGGCAGGGCUUGAGUUCUGUACCUGCCUGUGGCCUUUUGUCAGAGAUGUGCUGAACAUCCUCUUACUGUCUUGACUUCACUGGGUCUGAGACACACUCGGCACUUCUUUUUUCCCCCCCGCCCCCUUUCCCGACCCUGUGUGAAGAGUCAGCACUGCUGUGAAUAGGUGGAACCCACCGUCCGGUGGAGAGCGGUGGGGGAGGACGCGAGCUGGCGCUGUGGGGAGCAAGCUGCACGCAUGCUGCAGCAGUCUGCGUGUUGGCAUGAUGUGCUAACCUCACCUCGGCUCACUAGCACUGACACUGAGAUGGCCUGGAGGGAAAGAAGAUCUUGCCUAACCACUAAUUUUUUGAAGAGCAUUUCUCCAAGCAAGAGUAGAUUGAAAGCUGAUGCAUUCUAAAUUAUGCAGCCUUCACCAAAGGUUUUUAAAAGUGCUUUUAAAAUUAUUUUUAAAUAGAAGCAUUACAUUGGACCUAACAUGUUACUUAAUUAGCAGAAAUACUCUUUAAUUGGUGGAUUUAAAGCAAAUAUUUGCUUAAUUUACGAAGUGUUAAACUUGAUAAGGAUUGUUUCAAGUGAAAUCCAAGACACAGGCACAGCUUUGUACAUCAGUAUGUAUUAUUUUAGAGGUGUUUAUGUGUUGGUGUUGUAAUUAAUAAUGUUAGGUCCCUGUACUUUAGUGCUAGUUAGUUCUUUACUGUACAUUGAGACAGAGCACUACUGCACACCAAAGUAUGCAAUACCCAAAGGAAAAGUGUGAUUCUAACAAAUGGAAGCCUGUCUGUGACAGAUACUCCAAAACUAAGAAUUUGAGAAAGGUCUGACCCCAUGUUUACAUUAUUGACUUCCUACUAACAUGAGAAAUAAAUUAUUUUGAUAGCAGUUUUUGCUAAAGUAUACAAAAGUAGUGGAUUUGUACCCUGUGUACAGUAUUGCAGCAAACACUUUAAAUUUGGUUAGUCCAGCAAACUUUCUGGGUUCAUCUAUUGCACUAAAAUUCUGUUGAACCUGUGGUAGGCACAUUCCUUAGGAUAAAUGCAACAAAUACGGCCCACAGAUUUUUAAAAAGGAAAAAAAAAAACCCACAACAAAAAACCAACAACAACAAAAAAAACUUUUAAAUGUGUUUUCGUUAUUAAAAGGCAAAAUGUCAUUAAAAGUGACAGGUGAAAUUGUCUUAUGUAGCAAUGUGCAUUGAUCUCAAUGAGAUAUUUCUAUUUCUUAUUCUCUUACAUGAGAAUAUUACAGCAGGAAAAAGAUAAAUUUAGUUUGCUUCACCAUGUUAAUACAUGAUCACAAAAUGUGCAUGAGUGUUAAUGACUUAAUCUUGUACAGUACUAGAUAUAUUCCUGUAACCACUUUUAAUUUUUUUAUUCUUUUGCUGUAUUGAAACUGGUUCAGUGUUAACCAGGUGAGCAUAGUUAUUCACAAGUUAGUUACUUUUUUUUUUUUAUGUUAACUAAUUCAGCUUACUUAUUGUUGAAUAUGUUCCUUUCCUGGAUUAUUUUUUAUUGUUCUGGUGUUGAAAGAAACAUUUUUGCAUCAUUUUAUCAUUCUAAGAAUUCAUGAAGUAAAUAAUUUGCAAAUACUUGCAAUAAGCACUGACUUCUGAACUGAAAAGAAGGAAAGCGUUUCUUGUGCAGUGCAUCUGAGGUUCAUAUAAUAGUCUUGUACUAUACUGUGCUUUAUUUACUGCACUGUAAGGAAAGAAAAAUCCCUGUUCCACCUUUUCAUUUAGUGCAGGAAAUCCAGUUUCUCCCUUCCUCCCCAGUGUUUUGUUGUCUGUUGUACUGCUGAAACUACAGUAGUUGAAUAUUGCAGUAGCAUUUCAGUUAUUUUUUUUAUUGGAAGUGCUCAAAAAUUGUUUUUUUAAUGUUUUCAAAACCAAUAAAAACAUUUUAUAUUAAAAUUA